AUGGCCAACUCAGGUCUCCAGUUGUUGGGCUAUUUUCUGGCGUUGGGCGGCUGGAUCGGCAUCAUCUCUACCACCGCUCUGCCCCAGUGGAAGCAGUCCUCCUAUGCCGGGGACGCCAUCAUCACCGCCGUGGGGCUGUACGAGGGGCUGUGGAUGAGCUGCGCCUCGCAGAGUACCGGACAGGUGCAGUGCAAGAUCUUUGACUCCAUGCUGUCUCUGGAUAUCCACAUCCAAACAUGCCGGGCGCUCAUGGUGGUGUCGGUGUUGCUGGGAUUUAUCGCCAUCAUCGUUAGCGUGGUGGGUAUGAAGUGCACCAAAGUCGGAGAUAACAACCCAUCAACCAAAACCCGCAUUGCUGUGACCGGAGGAGUCCUCUUCCUCCUGGCAGGGCUGUGUACUGUAGUGUCUGUGUCCUGGUAUGCCACGCAAGUGUCCUACCAGUUCUUCAACCCAAACACACCACCCAACGCCAGGUACGAGUUCGGCUCGGCGCUGUUCGUGGGCUGGGCGGCGGCCUGCCUGACGGUGCUGGGGGGGUCCCUGCUGUGCUGCUCCUGCUCCAAAGACGACAUGCGAGGGCAGCAGUAUUACCGCCAAUCACAGCCCUCCACAGCCAGGGAGUACGUACCAAAUGUUAAAAGUACCCCACCAGAGAAAAGGGAGCAGUACUUGUAG